AGGAUACGCCUCUCUUACGUCCCCGUCCCCUAGGCCCCUUUCCCCUCAGCCUUUCACCGUUUCGCGCUCCUUGAAGAGUUCCGCCUCUUCCCCCCGAGCCCGCCACCCAGAGCCCUCCGUGCCCUCAGACCCCGCCUCUUACGGAAGCCGAAGCGGAGGGUCUAAAUCCGGAAGAAAAACAAUCGGGAGAGGGAGCUGGCCGGCGGCACCUGCUGCCAGAGGGGGGCAGAUUGGGCCAGGACAGGCUGCGGCGGGGAGACGCGAGCCGGCCGGGCCACCGCGUGGGGACGAUGGCGGCCAUGAACCCACAGACCGAGCUGAGAGUCAGGACGCUCAGAUGCAGAAACACACGUUUCCCAUUCAGACUACAGCGGAUUGUGGUGCAGCCGUUAGCAGGCGCAGCCCCCUGUCUGUUACCUGGAUGAGGGCUCAUCCUCCUUCCUCCAUGGCUUCCCUUCUCAGCAUACAUGUCGUGACAUGGAACGUGGCCUCUGCAGCACCCCCUCCAGACCUCAGUGAUCUGCUUCAGCUGAACAACCUGAACCUGAAUCUGGACGUGUAUGUCAUUGGUUUGCAGGAAAUGAACUGUGGGAUCAUGAGCCUCCUUUCUGACACUGCCUUUGAAGACCCAUGGAGCAGUUUCUUCAUGGAUGUGCUUUCCCCUCUGAGCUUCGUCAAGGUCUCCAGUGUCCGCAUGCAGGGGCUUCUCUUACUGAUCUUUGCCAAGUAUCAGCAUUUGCCCUUUAUCCAGAUCCUCUCUACUAAAUCCACCCCCACUGGCCUCUUCGGGUACUGGGGGAACAAAGGGGGUGUCAAAAUCUUCCUGAAGUUUUACGGCUACUAUGUCAGCAUCGUCAACUGCCACCUGCCCCCCCAUGUGGCCAACAAUGACCAGCGGCUGGAGCACUUUGACCGGAUCCUGGAGAUGCAGAAUUUUGAGGCACAGGAUGUCCCCAACAUCCUGGACCACGACCUCAUUCUCUGGUUUGGAGACAUGAACUUUCGGAUUGAGGACUUUGGGUUGCACUUUGUUCGGGAAUCCAUAAAAAAUCGGUGCUACAGUGACCUGUGGGAGAAGGAUCAGCUCAGCAUUGCCAAGAGACACGACCCGCUGCUCCGGGAGUUCCAGGAGGGCCCCCUGCUCUUCCCGCCCACCUACAAGUUUGAUAAGAACUCCAGCAACUAUGACACCAGUGAGAAAAAGCGCAAGCCCGCGUGGACCGACCGCAUCCUGUGGAGGCUGAAGCGGCAGCCCCAGGCCGCCAUCCACACCCCGACGCUGUCAGCCCCCCACUUCACCCUGUUUCUGAGGAGCUACGUCAGCCACAUGCUGUACAGCGUCAGUGACCAUAAGCCUGUCACCAGCACCUUUGACUUGGAGCUGAAGCCAUUGGUAUCUGCCCCACUGAUCACCCUGCUGCCCGAGAGCCCGUGCACCACGGAGAGCGACAUGCUGAUCAGCUACGCCCUGACCGCAGACUUCCUCAGCAGCCCCUGGGACUGGAUUGGCCUGUACAAGGUGGGGCUGCGCCACAUUAAUGACUACGUGUCGUAUGUCUGGGUCAGGGACAACCAGGUCUCCUUCAGCGACGGGCUGAACCAGGUGUACAUUGACAUUAGUGACAUCCGUGAGACUGAGGAUCAGUUUCUCCUUUUUUACUAUAGCAACAACCUACAUUCUGUGGUGGGGAUAAGCACACCCUUCAAGAUCCAGCCUCGCUCCUUCUUGGCGGAGGGCCCCCUGGAUGAAGCCCAACCACAGAUCUGAGCCGGGAUAGAGUGAAUCCAGGGCGGAGGCUGGAGCUGGCAGCCAGCUCUGCCUACCACUGCCAGGAGUGCUGGGGGCCCAGCCCAGCCCCCUGAGGAGGCAGCGGUAUCCUCCACCUCCCAGGGGGACCUCUAGCCACACUCCUUUGCUCUCUCCAGUCCAGAUCUCUGGAAUCGGCCCCUUAAAUACAGGUUUUUGUUGCUGA